AUGGUGAAGAAAAUUAAAACCGUAAAAUUAGAUGAAAAGAAAAUUAAUGAAGGAUACAGAAUGGAGAAGUAAAAGGCUCUUUUCAAUUAAAAUUCACAGAAUUAAAUAGGAGUGAAUAAACAACAAUCUCAUUCAAUAAAGGUUAUUAAAAUUCAAAGUUAACUAUUUGAUUUCACACUUUUUGGCUUGAAAUAUAUUUUAAAGGAAGCUACCAAUAAUUAUUUCAAGCAAACCUGUUAAUAAUAUAGCUUUGCCAGUAAUAAACCAACCUUUCAAGUUUUAACUGUAAUUUGAUGUUUUUUAUUUAUCAUAGUUAUUACAAUGUCUCCCACAAAACCAUAAUCUAUUUGCAUUAUUAAUUUUUAUUUUAUUAAAGUAGAUUCUAGCAAUUAUUUUAUUUGAGAUUUUAUAAUUUCUUAUCAAUCAUCUAAAGGUUAUUGAGACAUAAGUGUGA